GUGACAGAGAUGAAAGUGCAGCUCAGUGUCUUCAUACUACUCAUAGAGGUUUCACUUGCGGUUUGGCAGCGUGUGACUGUGAUGAAAGGUCAGACACUCAUCUUAAGGUGCCCCCUAACCAAUGCGCACAACACCUAUGUGGAGUGGAAGAAUCCCAAAGGAUACAUUAUGUUCUUCAGUCACAAUAGAGGUGACAAUCACAUCGACAACUCUUUAAAGGACAAGCGCUACACAAUCAUCAGACUGUCAAGCUCUACAUUCACCAUCAGUAUUUCCAAUGUUAACUUCAAAGAUGGAGGAAACUACACAUGCUCACACUAUGGCACCCGCACAGAAGAGAAGAAGGUGGAGGUGACAGUGCUAGGUUAUCCCAAAAUGAAUGUAAUAAAGCAUAAAGAACAGUUUGUCAUAAAGUGUACUGCUAAGGGGAACCACCAUCCUCCGCAGAUUUCCAUGAAACUGGGCCAUGGACCUGAAAUUCUUGAUCAACGUCAAGUGCGACAUGAAGAUAAAAGCUAUGUCUCUGAGGCUAUGUUACACAUCCAGUCAGUGACGACCAGAGUCAGUGUAACAUGCCUUGUUCGCCAUCCAGCUCUGCUCACAUCACCUCUGAUUAACUUUGUCGAAGUUGAACGAGACUCACCAAAGGCCCUCAGUACAACCACAACCAGUUCAGCCACAGCUCAGCCCAAAACGACAACUGGCUGGUUCAGACAUGGGCAAACAACAGUGUUCUUUCCGACCCCAGAUGUAACUGGGCCAUCUACAGCACCGACUAGAUUUCCUGCAAACCCUGUCACCUCUACAGGUUCACAUCUCAGCACUAGUGAUGGAACAAAAACCUCUCUGCUGACCACCCCAACCAGCAUGAGGAAUGACACUAUCAGUAAUGCAACAAGCACAACAGGCUGGACACCUGUCUCUGAGACAACAGAAGAGACCACAUCCUUCAACAGUACAGGGGGAAACAGAACAGUGAUCCCAGGGAGCACCAAUGACCCGAAGAUGCAGACCAGAAGCGGAGGACGUUCAUCAUUACUGGUGUUCCUGGUGACAUGCCUCAUCGUUGCUCUUCUGGUGGUGGUCAUUUUUUUCACCAUGAAGCUGAGGAAAGCUCACAUUGCCUGGAAAAGAGAGAAUGAAGAGUCUGAUCCAUCCGAGGAGAGCAGUAAAUCAAAAUCAAGCCAGGAGGAGAAGAACUCCCAGGGACAAAGGCGAAGAGGUCCUGCCAACAUUGCAUUCACACAGUAUGUUUCUGAAGAACCAGCAGCGAUAACCUCAGUGAUAAACACAGCUGCAAUGAGAGCAACAGAGAGUGUAAAUAAAGAGCAGACUUCUCAGCCUCUAGCCCCGUCACAAACCUCAGCCAAAUGUGACAUUAAGGAGACAGCACUGUAAAAUGCAUUUAUAAGCAGCAGCAUAUUGUGCCCACAGAUUAAGCUAGUUAGCUUUUAUCUGCACUUCUAACAGAGUGUAUGUUUACACAGAAGAAAAUGUGGCAACACAUUGCUUGCACUGUACUGUGAUAUGUUAUGUAUAUAUGUUUACUUAUACCAGUAAAUUAUGUUUUACAUUUUGCUUUAACACACUUUGAAUGAACAUGGAUGUGUGAUUGUUUUGUAUCUUUUGUGAUAUUUUCCAUAAAGUGACAUUCCCAUGUGAUGUGACAUCCCAUAUAUCAACUCUAUAGUACGCUACUA